UCUGUCUCCUGAUUCCAAACUGGAAGCUGGCUCCACAGAAGAGGGGCCUGGAGACGGGUUAAUGUAGGAGGCAGGGAACCAUGUUCCAGAGAGGAGGCAGUUAUUAUUAAAUAUUUAAAAAAAUAAAAUAAUAUAAACUCAAUAGGAAACCCAUCAGGGCCUGAAGCCUCAUGACUUUGCAUGGAUUUAAUUCAAAGGAAAAUGUGCUCUAGACUGAGAGGUGCAUCAAGCCUAUGAAGGAAUAUGAAGAUUUUGAAGGAAAGUCAUUCUGACAAUGAUUUAGACUGAUAAAGAGAAGAGUAAACAUUUCUACAAAUAUUUUAAUAGCUACUGGUUUAAAAACCAGAUUGCCAGAGGAAUCAAUACUUUGAAGGUUUCAGUUGGUGUGCUAAAAGCCUGCUUGGUUUCUCACCAUAAUCACAAUAAUAAACAGCACAGGAAGGCGAUAUCAGACCAUCGAGCAGCUCUGACUGAAGGUUUUAUCGUUGUUUCAUUGACCUCUCUGAUGGCUUUUUGACAUUUCUUGAAUCAACAUCGUGAAUUUGAGUUUAAAAUUAACUGAGUUUGUUUUUGUGUCACGAUGAACCGUGAAAGAAGGAUUCCCACCUAGAUAUACUUUGACAGAUUCCCGUGAUACUGAAUGAGAAACUGAACUGCUACGGAUUAAAAAAAAAAAUCAAUUGGAUUAAAGCAGUGAAGGGAUUAAAUUGACGAUCCGAAAGAUCAAGUGGAUUGAAUCUCCGUGGUAACGAGUUUAAUUAUCCCACGGGAUAUUAUUGAUCAAUCUGUGAUUUGCUGUGAAUGUUUAAUUUAAACAUCUGACUGAUUGCAGGGUGCUUGCGGAAAUCGACCGCAAUCAUUAAAAACUGAUCAAUACUGCCCAGAGUACUGCUCGGUGAUCUUUCGGUUAUGGGUCAGCUGUGCAGAAUAUUGAUCAGUGAUCAGGGCUGUUCCGGAUGUCCUGUGAUGGCAGCUCUCUCUCUCUCUCUCUCUUUCUCACACACGCACACCGAGCCGCCUGCACGCGCCUCUCUGAUCGCUCUCGUUGGUUUGUAUCAGCUGAUCGGAGCGGGUUCGGCUCUGGGUCCGGCUCCGGGUCGGGAUCCCUGUACGGUUCCGAUCUAAUCCGGCUUCGUCUGGUUUGGGCUCUUUGUUCCGGAACUUUUCGGACUCUUCGGUGAGCUGUUAGCCGUUAGCCUCUCCUAGCUGCAGCGGAUCGAUUCUUUCCUCGGAACCUUCCACAGCACAGUUCCUGUUUCAACCCGAACCGUUCCCCGGCUGCCCGGCCCGGACUCUCGCUCUGCUCCGGGCCGACAGGCGGCUCGGUUCGGUUAGUGGAGCGGCUGAGCUAACAAGCUAACAGUUAGCCUGAGCUAGCUGCUAGUAUGCCCGCGAUGCUGGAGAGGAACCCAGAGGCUUCGGGCAAGAGGAGAGGCCGAGCCCCGGGAGGAGGGCCCGUCGGCGGAAAGAGUCUGUCCGGUAAUGGACCCAGUACCAACAGCUGCUGGGAAGAAGGAAGUUCAGGCUCGAGCAGCGACGACGAGCAUGGUGGAGGAGGGAUGCGGGUCGGACCGCAGUACCAGGCCGUGGUUCCCGACUUUGAUCCGGAUGUAGCCCGGGCGGCUCAUCUCCGGGAGAACCAGGGGAUGUUGGUUUGGAUCCCCAACAGCUGCCUGAAUCAAACACAGUUGGACGAGUACAUCGCCAUCGCCAAAGAGAAGCAUGGCUACAACAUGGAGCAGGCGCUGGGCAUGCUCUUCUGGCACAAACACAACAUCGAGAAGUCUCUAGCCGACCUGCCAAACUUCACUCCGUUCCCCGAUGAGUGGACAGUGGAGGACCGCGUUUUGUUCGAGCAGGCCUUCAGCUUCCACGGGAAGAGCUUCCACCGCAU